AUGCUGCCUCGCUGCCGGGGAGGUUCGGGCUACCGCGGCGUCCGCGUGCGUCCGUCCGGCACCUACUCCGCCUCGAUCCGGUUGGGCGGCGGCGUGCGCCUCGGCCUCGGAACCUUCGACACCGCCCAGGACGGCGCCCGCGCGUACGACGUUGCGGCGUGGCGCCUCCGGCGGUCCCGUUGGGACAUGAACUUCACCGACGUGGCUACGCCGGAACGGGCACAUGAGUUGGCUCCUUUCCCGCGGCUUAUCACCGACGAGGAUCGGCGCAAAAACCGGAGGCGGGAGCGCCGUCUCAGCCUGGCCGAGAUGGAUGAGGAAGCCAUGGCACUGUGGAGGCAACGCUUCCCGCAAGAUAUCAUCAACGAGGAACAAGACUCCCGCGACGAGCGGUUCCUUGACGCCUACGCUCCAACGUCUGAGGAGGACAUCACCGAGACAGAGUCCGAGUCGGAGAAUGACAAGUAG